GCGCCGCAUGAUAAUCCUCCAAAAAUUUCCCAGGAAUAAUCAAAAAGUUGAGCAACAAUAAACCUGUUCCCAUUCAGCAGCACCAGCAGGAGCUUUUCUGCAUGUCCACCCAUCAUCAGCAGGUUUCAUUCAGACUUUGUGGGUGGGCAUCUUCACAAUAAAUCUAAAAAAAAAAAAAAAACUCGCGGACUCAAGAAAAAAAGCCCUUCCCAUUAAUUUUUUUUUUUGAAAAAAUAUGUAUCAAUCUCCUGGGGGUGUUUUAGUGUGUGACAUGCCUGGGUUCAAGUUCCUGCUUGUUUUCGUGUCGCUGUUUUUGUCAUCCGUGACUGCCCAACCUCAAAGCACAGAUGCUGAGCAAGAUUAUGCAUCAGGAAACAGGGACCUCAUGCAACAAAACCCAGGCCCCAUGCAAGACUACCCAGCUGCUGAUGACACCAACAUGACUCCAUCUUUGAACAUGGCUUUACCACCAAUGCCAUCAGGACCAAAUGAUGGUGCUGGUGCACCAAUGCUGAACACCCCAGCAAUGGCUGCUCAUGAUAGUCAAUUAUCAGACAUUGAUCAAGAGCAACAACCUGUUCCAAUGCAGGAUAUGAUGGGCAUGGAUGGAAUGCAGGAUAACCAGCAAGUUGUGGCUGAGCAAAAUCUGAUGGAUCAAAACAAGGUGCUGAAUGCUGCUGAUGAUGUCAUGGCUUCACCAGGAGACACUCCUGUGCCAAACACUGAUCUGAAUCUUGGCAAUCCUUUGAUGAAUACUGAUGAAACAGAAACCUUUCAAGAUGGGCAAGGAUCCCAUUUUGAUCAAAACCAAGACCUCACCCUUCCUGAUCCAAGCUUCUCUAUAGACACCAAUAUCAAUCAGAACUUCUCAAACGUCACUCAAGCAUUUCUGCCAAACUUCACUCUCAGUACUAAUCCAUCUGCUGAAAGCACCAGUACUGAAAAAACAACCUCAUCAAGCAGCACUACAGAGGAAACAAGUACCAGCACAACUGCUACCCAACAGCAAGGAACUGAAACUACUCUAACUUCAAUAAGUCCAACUUUGGAGGAUCUGGAAUUAUUUCCUCUGGAGCCAGAAAGGGAAAGGAAGUUGAAGCCAAGCACUGCUGAGGAAAUCUCUUCAACUGUGCAGGCUGUCACCAAGAGGCGCCACAGGCGUUUCAGAACCACCACCACCACCACCACAACACCAAUGGUGCCUGUUUGGGUUGAAAGAGCAGAAAGGAGGAGCCGCGAAUUUUUCCCUGCUUUGAACUGGUGUAAAAAUAGUGGCAAGGAGAUCAACACCAGGGAAAGAGGAGUUCCCAUUAACCUCUUACCGAAAUAUGGCAGGGUGCUUGAUCUUGAGGAUGAACUGGACCCUUUGUCAGCUGGUUAUGGUUAUGGGGGACUUGGAGGUGCUGGUGCCAUUGGAGGCAUUGGUGCAGUUGGAGGCAUUGGUGCAGUUGGAGGCAUUGGAGGCAUUGGAGGCUUUGGUGGACUUGGUGGACUUGGUGGCAUUGGAGGAAUUGGAGGUAUAGGGGGCGUUGGUGGAGGACUAGGAGGAAUAGGGGGCGUUGGUGGAGGACUUGGAGGCCUUGGAGGUAUAGGGGGCGCUGGUCUUGAUGGGACCCUGCAAACUGGACCCAUUGGCAGCGGCAUCUUCCGGCGGACGCCGACAGGAAUUGUUCUCUAUUACACGACUGUUGGCCUAGAUGACGCUACACCGUAUGGCGACGAACUGACGGCGGCAUCAAUGAACUUGAAUCCUUUGCUGUCGUAUUCUGGUCGCUUCAAUGGAGGAGGUUCAACGACCAUCAGUAACAACUUCGGUUUCGGAGCUGGGUUCUUCAGACCCUAUCAAAUGGUGAUCCAAUAUUCCGGGGUUUUCGGGUUCAGAACCGGGUUCUACAGGAGCGAGAACGGAUUCAUUGUUCCACUUCGAGGUUACGGAUACCCGCUUUUGGGACACCUGAGAGGGCUUCGAUAUUUGAACAGCAGCAGAGAAAUCCCGGGCUGGCCAUUAACCGUGGCCGGGGACGAAAAUUCCAGCCUAAUGAUGAGCGAGGAACCCGCCAUGAAUGCCUAA